AUGGCCCCACAACAUCAAGGCCCCAAGCAUCAAAAGGCCAAGAAGCAACGGUCGGGUGUAACGGCUCAGGUCUGUCUGUCAUAUUUUGAGGUGGCUGUUUGGUCAUCAAAGCUAAGCCACAACAUUCAACCAGUGUUGGACAGUCUAUCCAAAAAAAUGAAUGAACGUUUGGAGCAGAGACUGUUAUUUGUUUGGGAUCAGUCGCGGUGCACUAUGACACAAACCAGGCUUAGGGAAAAUCCAGACAAAACAGUGAUGUUUAAGGACCUGAAACGUGUGUGGGGAGAAUAUAAGUCGUACAACAGCUCUAACACGAUAUUAGUCGAUGAUUCUCCGUAUAAAUCCGUCCUUAAUUCUCCGUACAAUGCCAUCUUCCCCACCUCUUAUACAUGUUACACUGUAGAAGACAAUUAUUUGGAUCCUGAAGGAGAUUUUGUAGGACACCUGAAGAAAUUGGCCCGUGCUGAUAAUGUACAAGAUUUCAUUAAGCAAAACCGUUUUGGACAAUCACCCGUAACAGAAGGCAGUGUGGAUUGGAACUUUUAUGUUAAUGUUGUCAGCAAGCUUGGACUGCAGAACACAGCAAAGCAAGUGACGCGCAAACGGGAAGCCCCAAACAUAUAUCCUCCGGAGGGAAAAUUAGCUGCUGGACUAGGAGCUUAA